AUGAAACUUAUAGUUUGCAAUGAACUUCAAAGUAUAGAUACAACAAAAGUUUUGAACUCAGAUGCUUUGAAGAGUCUUAUAACAGACAAAGUUGGAGUUGUUGAAAGAAAAUAUAAAGACCAAAGAGUUUGUGAAAAUGUUGCAAACUUCAUUAUGGUUUCAAACAAUGCUGUUCCGAUGAAGUUAGAAAGUUCUGACAGAAGAUAUGUAGUUGUCAGAACGUCAGAUUCUCAUAUGCAAGAUACAGAAUAUUUUGACGACUUAGCAGAAACUUUGACAUCUGACUUUUACAACCACUUGUUCUCAUAUUUUAUGACAUUAGAUAUUUCAAAGUUCAAUCCAAGACAAAUUCCACAUACCGAAGAGAGACAAACAUUGUUAGAAGCAAACAAGAGUGUAUAUGAACUGUUCAUAGAUGAAACUGACUUUGAGUGUUUAGAUGAAAGGUCAUUGUACGAUUCGUAUAAACAAUAUUGUCAAGAAUAUGGUUAUAUGACAGCGUCUAAACGAACAUUCUUGGCAAAUGUCAAAAGUCUUUUAGAUGUUCAGAAUGGUGUAUAUACAAAGAAAAAUUUUUCUGAGUAA